GCGCUUGCAAUGGCGGAUCCUAUUAGCAUUAGUGCUGCUGUAGGAUGGGGCGUAACCGCAGUAGGUUGGCUCGCCUCACCCAUCAUUCCCAGGCUCCUCAACAAAGGUUUCACCGUCCUGGACUUUAACGCGACGGAGAAGCUGAAGAUAGUUGAUAUGCAAGUUUUACAACUGCAGCGGGUGAUGGAAGUAGUCGACGAGAGCACCUACAGGGCUCGCUUGGAGCCACUGUUAGACAAGCUUAGGUCUGCUCUCUAUGAGGCCGAAGACAUCUUGGAUGAUGUUGAGUAUCAGCGCCUCAAGAAGCAGGCCCAAGAUGCCAAGUCAUCCGGCAGUAAGAUGGAUUCGCUGAAGAAGACUCUUCGGUCUGCCAUGCCGAGAUCCCUCCUAAAAGACAAGACUAGGUUCUCAUUCCCGGAUUCUGUUGGUCAGUUCAAGCAUCUACGAUAUUUUGCUUUUGUGGUGACUGCAUUUGUCGGGCUAACUUUACCGGGCGCCUUUACCAAGCUUUACCACAUGCAGGUGGUAGACUUUGGUUCUUGCCAUUGUUUGGAUUUUUCUAGAGGUGAAGAUAUGAUGAACCUCGUCAACUUGCGCAGUGUAAUCAGCUGGGCAGAUUUUGAUUUUCCUAACGUGGGCAGGUUGAUAUGGCUCCAGACGCCACCAUUCUUCAGAAUAAGAAGGGAACAGGGGUAUGAGCCACAUCAGCUGAAACACCUAAACAAGCUUCAAGGCAAGCUGCUGAUAUGCGGUCUUGAGAAUGUUCAGAGCAAGGAGGACGCUCUUGAAGUCGAUCUUGCUGGCAAGGAAAAACUCACAAAAGUGGUACUGUCCUGGGAUGAUGAUAGCUGCAGUCCAGAAGUUGAAGCAGAGGUACUUGAGGGUCUUUGCCCAUCGAAGUACCUUGAAAGACUAGAACUCUGGAAUUACGACGGUGCAAGGUUACCGAGUUGGAUGAUGGGUAAACACAACGGCAGCCCAAAGAACCUGAAAGAACUUACGUUCAGGGGAUGGAUCCAACUGGGACCUGCUCCUGACCUUGGGGCUUUCAUUCAUCUUCAGUCGCUAAUUCUUUAUAACUGCAACUGGGAUGCCUUAGCAGGCAACAUUGAGCACCUCACAUCACUCAAGACACUGAUUAUAGAGUCAUGCAAGAAUAUGCGGUCGCUUCCAACACUGCCCAACUCUCUUGAGGAGAUUAAAGUCAGGUACUGCAGUGAAUAGUUCACACAAUCUUGUUUAACGACUGAUCAUCCAAACUGGCACAGGAUUGAGCACAUUCCAAAGAAAACAAUUAAAUUCUAUGGUGAAAAAGGUCCAUAGAAAAGCCACGUGCCCUUUGGUUGAGGAUGGAAGUCGAAGUCGAAGCCGUGAGACUCUUGCUAAAUCUACAGGCUCUCUUUCUGGGUAACCUGUUCGUUGGGUUAUGCCUACUUAGGCGUGAAGUGGUGCUACCCUUUACUCUCAUAAACUACGGGUACUACAAAAUGCUAUGUCUCCAUGCAUAUUCAUGAACAAUGGGUUUAUUAGUCGUUUACUCCUACUAUGUAUGGAUUUAUGAGUUGUUUGCUGUCUACUAUGGAUGUAAUAACGUGGAAUACUGGAUUAAUUUGCUUCCUAUAUACAGUACUAUAUAUGAUCUGUAACGCUUUGGAAUGGUGAUCACUGAGUUUGUUCCUUUACUGUCAUUUGUGGCAUCGUUCACCAAAGUAUCUGAUUUGAUUGAUAGGAAUCAGGGGCUACAUAGCAUGGUAUGGUAUGAGGAGCUUACCAGAUUGGCCGAAGCUAAUCGCAGGACCUGCUCCUGUCGUUGAGUCUUCCAUUCAUUUUCAGCAGUAGAAUGCCAAGGCUUUAAUGGUUGCAUUCAACGCGCAUUGUAAUUAGUGGUCACAUUUGUAUUUCUCCAGGUUGGGCAUUCAGGGGAAGUGCUCUGCACACGACGGCCUGUCCCCUGUUCUGCAUAAUCUCUUGUUGGCAAUAAUGUUUUUUUGCUUCGCUUAGGCCUGCAAACACGAUUGACAUCCUUUGCUCAAACAUUGCCUUGCCAUUUCAUCAAAAAGGAAAAAAAGUAUUGCCUUGCCGUAGUACAAGGCGUGAAGUGGACAGUGCUGGAGUCCAAGUUUUGGGCUGCUGCCUUUGGCUAAAAAUGUGUUUAAAAGAAGGAUAUGAGCUGCAAAUGUACAUGAAUACAUUGAUAGAAUGAUUGAAUCGAAAUGUAAUUGAAAACAAAAAUCUCGUUUUCCCCACAGUUGUUGACUGAUUGAACGUGUUAAUUUCAUUGUCUGUGGCUCCACGGUGAUCUUCUCCAGGUGAAAAUAGAAAGAAGCGCCCAGACCAAGAUCCCAAGAAUCUCCAGCUCACAUUCCCAAGCUCAAAUCAACACCACAAGAACCGAACCAAACACACAUAAUCACUUUUGGGUUGAGAAGUGGUUGAGCUGCCUUGUCCUCG